CAGAAGAAUAACACCACUCAGAAGCACCAAAAUAUUUUGUGUCAUAAUAAGUUCCUUAAGAUGCCUUCUUAUAGUACCUCAGUUUUGGCUCACUUGUUUGGCAUUAUUGCCCUCAUUCUCAUGCUUGUUUGGUUGUUGCAUUACCAAGGGGGGAUUGAAUAUGAUUCUGAUAAUGCAUUUCGUGUUUUCAAUGUUCACCCUUUUCUGAUGUUCUUUGGCUUCAUUUUCCUUGUUGGUCAAGCAAUAAUGUCUUACCACACAGUACCAGGCUCACAUGAAACACAGAAGACUAUUCACAUGGCUCUUCAUUUCAUUGCUAUAGUUCUUGGAAUUGUUGGUAUAUGUGCCGUUUUCAAGUACCAUGAUAUGGUGAACUUGGUUGAUGUUUACAGCCUCCACUCAUGGAUUGGCCUUGGCACCUUUUGCCUGUUUGGCUUGCAGUGGCUUUUUGGAUUGACAUUCAUGUUUCAAGGAACUAGACAAUCAAGGGCUGCAAUGGCUCCAUGGCACAUAGCUGGUGGUAGAGCACUAUUUUUCAUGGCAAUUUGUGCUGCACUAACAGGCUUGAUGGAGAGGACUGCUAUGUUAAAAUUAUUUCCACACCAAAGAGAAUCUCAUUUGAUCAAUUUCACUGGUCUAGCAAUUCUCUUGUUUGGAGUUUUUGUGGAUAUGACAGUUGGUUUGGCCCAUGCAUACACAUACACUUGAAGAAUCAUCAUAGAUUGGAUUGGUCCAAUAUUCUUUUUAUAUGUAUACAUAUAUAUAUAUAUAUAUUGUGGAUUUUGUAAUUGUGUUGUUCAUUAACAUGAAAUGGUUUGUAUAAUAUUCCUAUUCUCUUAAUUAAUUUAUUGACUUGUGUGAGA